AGACAUUUGCACGUCUGAAGAGAAUCGUUUAUAGCCAUUUAGGAAAGUAUAUAUGACUAUAAAUAAGAAAGUUUAUCUAAGCUGAGGGUUUGCAUAUUUUAAGGACGGGUCCUUAGAGAAAAGGGUAAUAGGAAAUGGAUUUUAAAUGCUCUGAGGGCCAUUUGGAAUUGACUAGAAGAAUUUCCUGACAAUAAAAGCAGCAUGUUUCCAAAAGCUGUCACCACAUCUUUCCCUAUGGAUACUCUCACGAAAGAACAGAUAUGCUCUUACUUGGUAGGUUCUGUGUAAAGGCAAGAAAUUGAAACCCUUCUGCCUGGCUGAUGAUUUUAGGUGGUAAAAUUAUUACAAAACAUUGAAUUGUACCAUGUUCUCUUUAAAUCUUUACCUUCCUGGUGGGGCAGGUCUGGGGCCAGUUCAAGCUUAUCCGUAACACCUGCUAAACUCUUUUCAAUCAAGAGAAAAAAGACUGAUUCGGUACCUUUCCCUGGAUCACGUGCCUAGGUACUAUAAUAAUUGUUUUAUUGACCAGUAAAGCUGAUUUUCCAUGUAUGGUAAUGAGCUUAAAAUUGCUUUUAAGAUAAACAUAAGAAAAAGAGAAAUUUGGUAAUAGGAAGAGAGGAUAUCAAUGCUGCUGGCAGGAAAAUCUCGAUGACCGGAACAACCAUGGUCUGGAGACCACAGGACUAGAUGAUUUUAAGGUCUUCAAAUGCCAGGAACCUGCAGGGACACGAGGAAUAGCUUCGACUGUAGAGUCUUAGCUAGAACCCGGGAAAGCAGGGAACCAUGCUCAACAGGCAGUGCUUAUGAAACUAAGAAAUGUGUGCACUCACGAAGAACCUAUAGUUGCACAGGGACAAAUACGGACACUGGAGGAAAACAAUCCUGCUUGCGAUAUUUUCCUAAUACCUGCUAUGCACGGUUUGAGAUGAUUAUUGAAAGGCUGUUCGGUUUUAAAUAAGGGACAAAGAUAUACAAGUUGAGGGAGAAAAGCCCACACACUUUUCCCUUCAUGUUUACAGAGAUUCUACAUUCCCCGCUUCAUGUUAUUUAAAAAUACAAGAAAAUAGGAAGAAGAAAAAAAAAAGCGGGCACUGUAGCAAAAUCUCUUCUGGAAAACGCACAGUCAAUUCUUGCCUGUUAGCAGGCCGGUUCCAAAUUAUUUUUAAAAAGCAAAUCCUAGCAGUCGUGUUGUUACAGCCUCCGAGGGAAGCACUAAACCCGCUGCUCGUGCCCCAGAACCCAAGCCACAAAAGCAGGGAAGCCAGCUCGCUAACCCGUCUUCUGACAGGAAUGUGAAAGCGGAAUCUCCCAGGCGGGAAGCUUGCCCCAGCGGAGGAGAAAACUGCAGCUCGCAGUAAUCUGUAAAUGAUUGCCGGUAAAGUCUGGAGGCUUCAGGCUUGAUCUGUGUUUGUUCCAAAAGAAAGCCAAGCAGGACGGUGUUAAUAAAGAGAGAUUUAACUGAGAGCUGAGCUUGGAAUAAAGUGGGCUACAAAAAGGUCAAAUUUGAUCAGUUGGAGCAGAUUACAAGGGCUUUAAAAGGUGGUGUGGAGAAAUGAGCCGGGGCUGGGAAGUAAUAUAGCGUAAGAUUGAUUCGGGGGGGUGGAGAAAAGCCGGGACAAGUGCUUAUCAAUCCCACAAGUGGGAAGAGCUGUGCCGGGCGCCGGGACUCCGGGCCUGAGCCCGCAGCCGGCGCUUCCCCCCCGCCCCGGGCGGCGCUCACCCUCCGCCCGGAGUGGACUCGCCUUCAGCCGCCUUGUAGAAAUGGUUUCCCUAAUCUCUGACUUGGAUCCACUCAAAGACUGGAAGGUUUUAAGAGAGACCACCACAGAGUUAGCCGGAAGUCUACCAAGUAACGGCACAGCCAACAAGAUGAACGGCGCUUUGGAUCACUCAGACCAACCAGACCCAGAUGCCAUUAAGAUGUUUGUCGGACAGAUCCCCCGGUCCUGGUCGGAAAAGGAGCUGAAAGAACUUUUUGAGCCUUACGGAGCCGUCUACCAGAUCAACGUCCUCCGGGACCGGAGUCAGAACCCUCCCCAGAGUAAAGGUUGUUGUUUCGUAACAUUUUAUACAAGAAAAGCUGCACUUGAGGCCCAGAAUGCACUGCACAAUAUUAAAACUUUACCUGGGAUGCAUCAUCCCAUUCAGAUGAAACCUGCAGACAGUGAAAAGUCCAACGCUGUGGAAGACAGAAAAUUGUUCAUAGGAAUGGUUUCGAAGAAAUGCAAUGAGAAUGAUAUCAGGGUGAUGUUUUCUCCAUUUGGCCAGAUAGAAGAAUGCCGGAUUCUCCGGGGACCCGACGGGCUGAGUCGAGGCUGUGCGUUUGUCACAUUUUCUACAAGGGCAAUGGCACAGAAUGCAAUCAAAGCCAUGCAUCAGUCUCAGACCAUGGAGGGCUGCUCUUCACCCAUCGUGGUGAAGUUCGCUGACACCCAGAAGGACAAAGAGCAAAGGCGCCUCCAACAGCAGCUGGCACAGCAGAUGCAGCAGCUCAACACUGCCACCUGGGGCAACCUGACGGGGCUGGGCGGCCUCACCCCACAGUACCUGGCGCUUCUGCAGCAGGCCACCUCCUCCAGCAACCUGGGUGCAUUCAGCGGCAUCCAGCAAAUGGCUGGCAUGAAUGCUCUUCAGUUACAGAAUCUGGCAACUCUGGCCGCGGCUGCAGCUGCAGCCCAGACCUCAGCCACCACAACAAAUGCAAACCCUCUGUCCACCACGAGCAGUGCCCUGGGAGCCCUCACAAGUCCCGUGGCUGCUUCAACCCCCAACUCCACUGCUGGUGCAGCCAUGAAUUCUUUGACCUCUCUUGGGACUCUGCAAGGAUUGGCAGGAGCCACUGUUGGAUUGAAUAAUAUUAAUGCACUAGCAGUUGCUCAAAUGCUCUCAGGUAUGGCGGCUCUGAAUGGAGGACUUGGCGCCACAGGCUUGACGAAUGGCACGGCGGGCACCAUGGACGCCCUCACCCAGGCCUACUCAGGGAUUCAACAGUACGCGGCCGCGGCACUGCCCACGCUGUACAGCCAGAGCCUGCUGCAGCAGCAGAGCGCCGCGGGCAGCCAGAAGGAAGGUCCAGAGGGUGCAAACCUCUUUAUUUACCACCUUCCACAGGAGUUUGGAGACCAGGACAUUCUGCAGAUGUUCAUGCCUUUUGGAAAUGUUAUCUCUGCUAAAGUCUUCAUUGACAAACAGACCAAUCUGAGCAAGUGCUUUGGUUUUGUUAGCUACGACAAUCCAGUCUCUGCGCAAGCUGCUAUCCAGGCUAUGAAUGGCUUUCAGAUUGGCAUGAAACGCUUGAAGGUCCAGCUGAAGCGCUCCAAAAACGACAGCAAACCCUACUGAUCCUAACCCCCGAGGCUCCCUGCUCUUAUUUUAGCUUUCUUAGGGUAAGUCCCACAUGCCAGCCUGUUCUCAACAGGAAAGGCACGGAGGACCACAUUGCCAACUUUUACCAAGAGAGACAGUUAUUUUUACAAUAAGGCCUCCAUUUCCCCCUCCCCCACCCAGUUCGCCAUAAUUAAAACUUGGGCUACCUUGUUUCUAGCGAGUCAACUCCUCCAGUUGUGCCACUGUAUUCUCCUUUGUUUUGCAAUUUGACUCUCCUUUUACCUUUUUUCAUUUCAGUUUGUUGUUUUCAUUAUUGCUUUUUUAAAGAAAAACACACAUCACAAAUAAAUGACAUCUUGAGAACUUAAAAGGCAAACAAAGGCUAACGUGCAAUUCUAACUCUGAGACCCCUGGUGCCCUGAGAGCACUGCCUGGAAAAUCCACCCCUCCUGUGGGCGCCCAUCCCCUAGGAGGGUACCAGCUGUUUAGAGCUUAAGGCGGUGGCCUAGCACAAGAGAGAAGCCAGGAGAAGCACUUAAAACAAUACAAAAUGUCUUUCCACUACAUUUGGUUUGUUUUAAUAAGUAGAAUUUUAUUUUAGGGUUCAAAAAAAACAUAACAUUUAUUGGUCAGAUUAUUACACUGGUUGUCUAUUUUGUUACUGUUUUAUUUUAGUUUUUAGAAAGGAUUAAUGUAAAAAAAAGAUUUAGAGAUCUGUUUCUUAAAGCUACAGGGUUUAAAAAUAAAAUAAAAAUGAGUGAAAAUACUUGAUGUUUCUUGAAAGAUAAAUUUAAUAAGUAAAUAAAUACAUAAAUAAUACAUAAAUAAAAAAGAAAGCCACAGGCCUGUAAAUUUUAUUUGUAAAAAAAGCAUUUCUAUUUUUGUACAAAAUUUUUACUGCCUCAGAAAUAAUGGAAGUUAUUUAUUGCCUAUUGUUAACUUAUUGGGUACCUAAAGAGCAGUUCUCUAUGCUAGCUAGAUCCUUCUGAAGUAGUCUCUAGAGGAAUCCUUCUAGGAAUGGGCUUUUCUCACCGUUGAACCCUAGGCCUAAAGUUCAUGCUUUAUCCUCGUUGUUUGUAUGUCUGAUGGUUCUGUUCGUAACUUCCAUCACCUAGUUUACAGUUCAGUCGUCUGGCUUCCCCCAUAUGUUACAUUCGUUGAAACUGGAUCCUCUCCCCUGUCCCUUGCCAGCCGCCACCCCAAAAGCCCCGAAUCCAUCCCUUUCCUCUCUCUGGAUGGAUUCUCUUGGGGCCCAUUGUGCUGUGGAUAGCGAUUGUAAGACACGCAGAGAUGCGGCCGCUCCUAGGCUCCCUGACCACCUAAGAUCUGCGCCCUUAACAGUGAUUGUGUUGCUGCUCGUAGACUCUGUGUAACCUUUUACUCUCCCUUGUUUUCUCCCUAGACAUCUUCAUGCCCGUUAGCUCACCGUUUGCCUAGCAUGUCCCUGUGGCGUCUCAAAAAAAAAAAGUUUCAUCGUCCCGUCAUUGUUUCUGAUGUCUUUCUGACCUCACAUCAUAUUUGGUUCUCCUACUGACCUUUGAUCUAGUUUGACCUUUGAAAUUUGCAUGUGACCUCAUCUAGCUAUGAAUUCUGGGAAGUCAAUGUGAAAAACAUUGCUGCAUUCAUGCAAGACUGAAAUUUAUUCUUAGACAAAUUAUAGAAAAAAAAAACCUGUGGCAAAAACGUUUCUUAUUUUUUUUUUCUUUUCAUAAAACAGACUUGAAAGUAUUAUACAGGGAUUGGCAUUCUUCCCGGUCACUGGUAACAAUAGCAAUAUGUGUCCAGGGACACAGAAUGUUGGUUUCUAACAGACUACUUCCAAAAACAGUUUGAGAAAAAAACUGUCUGAUUUUAAGUCUCUAGAGGUCUGUAAUAGUUUUUACAUUUUUCAGGCAGUGUAAAGUUUUUUGAUAAGGCCAUUUUAGGUGGCUCACUUUCUCAUUAAGAUAUAUAUAUAGAACCACUUUUUGUAGAUUAGUAUAAGAAAAAUAUUUACCCUGUUUUGGGGCAAAUGCUACCUAUUUGUGUCACCUUUUGCUGAACUGACUCACAGUUAGACAAUCCAUGGUUUAAUGCACAUGAAAUUACCUAUAUUUUAUACUGUUUCAAUGUACAGGAGAAAGGUUACUGUAAACUGUGUUAUGUUGGUGCUUCUGUGAAUUAAGUUGUGGUUUCAUCAUGAGUCUUAUGGUCUUAAUGUUCUUUGUUGAUAAGACAAGUUUAGGAUUGGUUUACUUAGAACAAAAAAGAAUUUCAAAAAAAAGUUUGCUUAAAAAAAUUUUUCAUGUGAGGGGAAAAAAACAAAAAAACCUAUUCCAGAAUAAGUUUUGUGUUGGCUUGUAAAGCAUUGAUGUCUUUCUUUUUUUAUCGUGGACUAUUUAGAUGUGUUUGUGUUCAGCAAAAUGUGAUUUUUUUUUCUUUUAAAGAAAAAAAGUGAAAAUAUAUAGUGCCAAAUUCCAAAGGUACUUCCUUCCUAGAGCUUCAGUGUGUUUCUUGUGAGAAGUAAUUUGAUACCAUGGGUAUUUUAUUAUGUGUUUUGUAUAAAUCCCUAAUAUUUAAAAAACAAAAAACAAAAAAAAGAGGUUAAAAAGUUUGUUAACUUGCUAUCCUGUGGUCUUGUUGCCUGAAAUUGUUAUUGUUUGUUAUUUCUCUAUGAUGUUUUUUGUAAGACAUUGUAUAAGUGCCCAUGUCUCACUUUUUUAACCACUCUCUCUGCACAUCAAUGCUGUGAUGGCAACCUCACAAUGUAUUUUCUUCAUAAUAUAUGGAAACCUCUAAGGUGAGAAAGUUUUGAACUUUUAACCCUUUCUACCCAGAGCUAUCUGGAACGUUGAUAACUUUUUAUACUGUCAUCAUUUUAGCUUGUUUUGGGGUGUUUCUAAUUUGAAUUUUAUUUCUGCACAUGCACAUAUCCUCACUCUGAGUUGUUGUUUUGUCUUUACUACUUUUUUAUCCUUUGGUUGAGACCCAAAAGAGGAAAAUAAAAACAAAACAUAAGGUAUAUCGAAAUGAAAAAAAAUGUAACUUCAGCCUCUUCAAAUUUUUUCCCCUAUUUUUUUCUUUUUUUAGAUUCGUUUUUUCAAGAAUUCUUAAUAUGCUGCUGGAAUUCCAUCUUCAGUUUUAAUUAAGAACAGUUAAUUGGCUAAACCUUCUAAGGGGAAUGGUAGAUUCAGCACUUAUAUUCUAUAUGUUUUUGAGAUGAGGUUUAGUGGUAUGUUCCAAUUUAGACUAUUUUCAUAUACCUUCCAGUUAAACGACUUUAUAGUAGGGUAGCCUUUUGAGGGAUUUUUGCUUUUAUUUCUUAAAUACUCCUAAUUAAUGUUUCUAAUCAGCCAUUGUGCUGGGGAUUUUAGGAUCCCAGCAGAUACCUCUGAAUAAGCAAGGUGUCUGGAGUUAGAAGCUCAUAGUCCUUUCCCUUUCUUUUUUUUUAAUUGAACACAUUAAAAGGGACUGACCAUACAAGUAAAACUCAGUUCUUCAUCAGUUACUGACCAAAUACCAGUUCCUGCUGCCACUUUUUAAAGUGCCAUGUUACUUUGACUUCAUGUGAACAGAUCUCUUGCUGUCUGGACAAACCUGUGUCAUCCUUACAGCCCCAACACAACUCCUGCCGCCCUGGAAGCCUGUCUGUCUCUAACGGAGCUCAGAAACUGCUGGCUUCCCUGCCUCCCUCCUCUUCCCGCUCACCACUGUCUGGUUUAAUGUGUGUGGAUGUGAUAGCCCUGGGAUGGAAAGGACUAGCCUCUAAAGGAUGCAAAAAAAAGAAAAAAGAAGUUUCCUUCUUAUAGCACAUGCACUUAACAAUGAAAUGAUUUGUAUUAUCCUCACAUGUGUUUACUACUGCUGGGGCCUUCCUUCAUCCUUUGAGGGCUAUUUUGUACUUCCUGCAGCAAUUCACUUAAUAACAAAAGUUCUCGCACACGUCUCUCAUAUACGUAUUUUUGGUGGUGUGUAGGUACAUAAGAACACCAUUUGGAUUUCUCAGACUUUCAUUCAGAAUCUCAAUUAUACAUCAAGAACAGUUUUUUCUGAUUUCUAAACUUAAGCAAACCACCCUCCUCCUGUCCGCUUUUCCUUUCAGCCACCGGCAUCUUUCCCCGAGGAACUGGGUGCAGGUGACAAGAGGCUCGGGGUGGGCACUUUGAGUGUUUUAUUUUGCAGGCAACCAAGACCGUGCAGUGGGCGGUGGGGGAUGGGGGAGUCCUUUUUUUUUUUUUUUUUUUCACGUUUCAUUGUUUAACCCUUCUCAGAGACGAGUUGUCCUUUUAUUCACUUUAACUUUUAAUAUCAAAAGGAAAAGGCUGCGAGGGUGCAAUGGGCCUGUGCCAGAAGAAAAAACACACAGGGAAACUGCUUUUCUAAAAAAAACCAAGUGUAGAAAAUAGUCAUUUUUAAACUAAAUUAGAGAAUUGCGAUAUAAUGGCAGUCCUCAAAGGCGUAACAAGUUCAUCUUUCUUUCACCAUAGGGGUUAUAGUUCUUUGGCUUGUGCUACUCUGGACUCAUUUUACUGUUUGUUUUUAUUAUCUUAAGUGCUAAUUAACAAGAAAUAAAAUUUUAAAAAAACCUGUAGUUUCAUUACCUUUUUGAAUAAUGUCAUACAAAAAAAAUGUAUUCGUGUUUUUUUGUGCUGUGAGAAUUGUUGUUUGUAGAUUAAUAAUACCAUUUUGUUUAGAAUUACAAAAUAGUUUUUAAAUAUUGUCUGAGAAAAGCCAAAGUUAAUGCAACCUAGUGGAAACUGUAAGACCAUUUGAGUAUUGUUUGUUUUAUUGAUGCAUUUGGAUUUUGUUGUUUGAUGGAAUUUGAGCCAAAAAAAAAAAAUGCAGGCUUUCCUAUUUCUACAACUGAUUGUACUUAACGCAUUUUGUACCAGUGGAACUUUUUAUACUGGAGAUUAAAAAAAAAUGGAAAUUUUCGUGGCUUACUCUAGUGGGCCCCAUGACAAUGACUGAUUUCAAGUUUGAUUUCUGGUUGACAGAAAGAAAGUUGCUUUUCUUUUAAGAAUUAAAAACUUUGGCUUGAUUUCUUUUUUCCCUUUGCUUAUAUCUAGCACUAGAAUUUUGUCUUAAAAUACAGCGGUAAGUUUCACUUUUUAUUCUGUAUUGUGCAGUUACACAAUAAGGUAAUUAGAUUUAGAAGUACUCAGUCACUUCAAGUGGAUAAAUGUAUUAGUUAAAACUUUAGGGGUUUGCUUUUUUGCUGUUUAGAGCAAAGUUUUUUCUGAUUCUUCUGUCCUCAUUGUGAACAUAACCGUGUAGUUGAAACAGUCAGACUUAUUUUUGUAACGUAUGUUAUUGUGUGAUGCAGUUUUUUGCUUCUGUCUCCAAUAUUAAACCAUUUUCCUAAUA